AUGAGAAGGAGAGAGAUAAAAGGCCUGAAACUAGUUAGAAAAUCACAAGCAGCGGCUAUGGUACAUAUGAACUAUGGUCCUAUGGCAUACAUUGUAAAGCUUCUUGUACCUGAUCAGACCCCUAUAGAAGUGAUCAAUGCUGUUAAUUCAGAAGGUCUUACAGCUUUAGAUAUUGCGAAAAGAAUAUCAAUGGUGGGAAAUUCUAAGGAUGAGGAUGAAAUACAUGAAGCACUACGAAGAGCUGGAGCAGAGACGUCAGGACGUGCAGAGCAAACUGUUGUCGCUAACCCACUGCAACAAGGAUUGGCAAGAGCAGACUCACUAUCUUUAUCAUUAAGGAAUGGUUUUGGUGUGGUAGCAGCAUUGUUUGCUACUCUAUCUUUCGAGCUCGCAAUGAAUCCUCCUGGAGGUGCGUGGCAGGAUUGGGCCUCUGGUACCAACCAGCAGAAUACUACUCAAGCUGAUGCAGCAGGCAAAGUCACACACAUGCCUGGAAUAUCCAUAAUUUGGGAACUUCAUAAAAGUGAUUCCCUUGGUUUUCUCCGCGCGAAUGCAUCCUGCUUUUUCAUUUCGCUAAUUUUACUUGGGGUUUUAGCAAUUACUGAGUACAGGCAGACAAGAAGGCUGGAUAUUCUGGAAGAAGAACAAAGUGUUGAAGACCUAGAGUUACGCAGGAGGAGAGAAGACAGGCGCAGGAGGAGGAGGAGAAAGAUGUCAGAUUAUCUCCCAGAAGACAUCUUGUUAAAUAUCCUAGCAAGAUUGCCUGUGAAGACAUUAUUGCAAUUCAGGUGUGUCUCCAAAACAUGGUAUUCUUUAAUCACAUCUCCUUCUUUCAUAACCCACCAUCUCAACGAAAAAGCUACCUCCAAAAACAAUGACUUUCUUCUCUUUAAGAAUAGAAAUAGUUACUUUUUGUACCCAGAUAAAGAUUUUCCAACAUGCAAUGGAGAGGAAAUUGAUUUCCCACUUCAUGAGGGAGUGGAUUUUCCAUCUCAUGACAACAUGUACAACACAGCUUCAUGUAAUGGUGUAUCUUGUCUAGUUCGUUUUUAUUUAGAUUCUAGGUUUAAAUUUUGGGCUGCUCUUUGGAAUCCUAGUAUCAGAAAGACUGUCCCUAUUCCUCCACCAAAUGCUGGUUUCCAGUCUCGUAGAUUGUUUGAGAUAGCUGGAUUUGGUUUUGAUUCCAUCAACCAUGACUAUAAAUUGGUGAGAAUAGUCUAUUUGGAGACUAGUGUUUAUCGCCAUACGAAGAAGACAAAAUUGCCUCCACUGGCUGAGGUUUACUCGUUGAAGAGUGGAUGUUGGAGAAUGGUGGAAAAUGAUUUGAAACAUGUGAUUAUGGAGUAUUCAAGGUCUGCUUUCGUGAAUGGAGCUUGUCAUUGGACUACUGUAAGCUCCCAACGCAGAAGCAGGAGUGCUGCACUGAAUGUGAUUGUGUUUUUCGAUUUAGCAGAUGAGAAGAUGGGGGAAAUGAUAGUUCCAGAUUGUAUAGUUUUUAGGGAUGAUAUGGAGUUGACUGUUACUGUUUUUGAUGGAUUGCUUUCAUUGGUUGCCUCAUGGAGACCGAACUAUGGUGAAGGAAGUUAUUCAAUUUGGCAAAUGAAAGAGUAUGGUGAUGCCAAAUCUUGGACCAAACUUUUCAAUAUCGAACAUAUGGUAGACUAUGUAUACGAUUUUGUUGGAUUUAAGAAAAAUGGUGAGGUGUUUUUAGUUGUUGGUGGACAGCUAACUUCUUACUCCAAGACCAAAAAUGGGAGUUGUAGAAUUUUGGGCACUAAAAUUUGGGGCAGUCAAGGCACAUUUUAUUUGGACUCUUAUGUGGAGAGUCUUGUCUUAUUGAAUGAAGCAAGUUGGAUCCCAACUGACAAUCCUUCUCCAGGCAAUAAGGAAGCGAAUAGAGUUUCAAAGGAGCAUUCUUCUCAUGUUGCUGAUCUAGACAAGAAAAAGAAGAAGAAGAAGAAAGGGAAGAAGAACAUGGAGAGUCCUGAAAUUGUGGAUGAAGAAAAUAGAGUUUUGGAGGGAGAUGGUUGUAGUUCUAGUACUAUUUCACGCAAUGUUGUAACUAAUGAAGGAAAUGGAGCCUCGAAAGAGCGUGAUUUCGGUGCCAAAAACAGGAAACAAAAGGAGAAGAAAAAGAAUGGGAAAAACAACACGAAUAGUGAUGAUGAAUUGCCAGGGAAGAAUAAUUCUAGUGCCAGUGCAGACACUGCUGAAAAGGAAGCACAUGAAGCAGCAAAGGAGCUGGCGCCCUCUUCUGGUUCCAAUGCAUACAAGAAGAAAGGGACAAAGAAGAAGAAAGGGAAGAAUAACAAGAAUGAGUAA